AUGCCCUUCGUUCUCAGGAAUGCAGGAGCUACGUACCAAAGGAUGAUGGAUAAGAUCUUCCGGGAGCAAAUCGGGCGCAAUGUGGAGGUUUAUGUGGAUGAUAUACUCAUUAAGUCCCCUUUAGCCGUGAACCUGAUCAAGGAUGUAGAAGAAACCUGCAAGACUCUCUGGCAAUAUGGGAUGAAGCUGAACCCCUUGAAAUGUUUGUUUGGGGCUAAAGGAGGAAAGUUCUUGGGCUACUUAGUGACCGAGCGGGGAAUAGAAGCUAAUCCAGAAAAGGUUCGGGCACUACGUGAUAUGCAGGCAGAAUACGAGGCUUUGUUGGCAGAACUGCAGGCAGCCUGGCACAUAGGUGUAGCCCGGGUAAUCAUCUACUCAGAUUUCCAGCUAGUAACUCAGCAAGUGACUGACAACUUUAUAAUAAAUUGUGAUAAGUUACAAGUAUACCGGGAAGCAUAUGAGAAGAUGAAGGAAGAAUUUGCAGAAGUUACAGUAACUAAGAUCCCCAGGGCAGAGAACGAAAAAGCAGAUGAGCUAGUAAAGAUGGCAAGUUCCUUGACUACUUGGGUGUUGGACCGGUCAACGGCACAAACAUUCCUUAUAGCUCAGAUAGAUUUACAAAACAAUAGAGAAGCAACUAUUGAUUGGCGGGCACCCAUGAUCAGUUAUCUUAGGCAGGGCAUCUUACCGAAUGACCCAGAAGAAUCACGGCUGGUCAAGAAACAAGCCCAUGCAUAUGUCAUGAUCGGGGAUCAGCUAUACAAGAGGUUCUUCUCUAGGCCCUUACUCAAAUGCCUGGGUAUGGAGGAGGCAAACCAAGCCUUACGAGAAAUACAUCUGGGAUGCUGUGGCAGUCAUGUAGGCGGUCCGACAUUAUCUCGCAAGGUACUCCUGGCCGGGUAUUUCUGGCCUACUUUACAGAGGGAUGCUCACAAGCUGGUAAAUACCUGCCUGUCCUGUAAAAAACAUCAAAAUUUAACACAUCGACCGACGACUCUGCUGAGAACAUCUAUAGUCUCGUGUCCUUUUUAUCAAUGGGGCAUGAAUAUUGUGGGACCAUUUCUAAUGGCCCCGGGUCAGAGACGUUUCUUAUUGGUGGCGGUGGAUUAUUUCUCUAAGUGGGUGGAAGCAGAGGCCCUGGCCAAGAUCACAGAAGAUGUGGUCAUCCAGUUUCUAUGGAAAAAUAUUCUUUGUAGGUUCAGCAUUCUGCACAAGUUGGUAUCAGACAAUGGGAGGCAAUUUCAAGGGCAAAAAAUUCAUGCCUGGUGCAAGGGAUUUGGCAUAACGCAAUCCUUCGCAUCAGUGGCAUACCCACAAAGAAAUGGCCAGACCGAGGUAGUUAAUCGAGAAAUAGUACGAGAUCUGAAAGUUAAGUUGGAUCAUGUGGGAGGUAAUUGGGUGGAAGAGUUGUCAAGCAUCCUAUGGGCUUAUCGUACAACACCCCGAGAAAGUACCGGUCUGACACCAUUCCAUCUAGUUUAUGGGAAUGAAGCGGUAGUACCCAUAGAGAUUGGAGUGUCGUCGGUCAAGAGGACAUUAUACGAUGAAGGAAACGCAGAGUGGCGGCUAGCUGAACUGGAUCUCAUUAGUGAAACCCGCGAUAGGACGACAGCCCGGCUGGAGGCCUAUCGACAAAGAAUGAGAUUAGAAAAUUCUAGCAAAGUAAACCUCAAAGUGCUAAUGGAUGUGUAG